AUGCGUCCAAUAAUAACGGCAAGGUUAACAGCGGCACAAAAAUCCAAAGUCACAUUUACAUUAUUCUCAAGUGUUGCCCUAUUUGCAAUAUUUACAGUUGCAGCUCCAGCUCUCUUACCUU